GCAAGAAACACCCUUUCCAUAUGGCCUAAGAGCCAAGCUCUCUUCGGAGUUGCCUGUCAUGUCCACGCUAAACCGCCGGCGUAAUCGCUCGCUGGCCUCGUGUGAGCCAUGUCGGAAAAGCAAGAUUCGGUGUGAUCAUGGCAAACCCACCUGUGCCUCCUGCCAACGCCGCGGUCUCCACCCUCAAUGCUGGUAUCAUCCUGCCCCUCUGACCAAGCAUCGGACUUCUUCUUCUUCGCAAAGACAGCCCUUGUCCACGCCACCGGGUUUACUCCGUGUCAAUCAGAGUGGGCCGCCACCUCAUCCUGUAGAGAGUCCCUUGGCCGAGACUCCCAAGUUCCACACUUGGCCGUUCAUGUCGGCCGAUCCCAACGAGACUGCGUCGCAGGCCCUCAUCCCAGGGCGUCACAAUUACAAUGUGAAGGCCCACGAUGAGCACUUGGCAGCCAUUCAAGGCAUCGUGGCUCAGUUAAGACUUUUGCCAGUCAUCGAAAAACGGCUGCAUGAAUAUUACUCAUUCAGUCUAGUCGCGCUGGUCCCGAGACCGCUGGUGCUGCAGCUCAUCACUUCGAUUCGGUCCGGUUUAACGGCCUCAGGCUAUAUCCAGGAAGACCUAGGGGACGAGCUUGGCUUUCAUCAGAGUCCGCAGCUAGCUGAAGAUAUUCUACACACAUCCUCGUCGGAGGUGGUCAUCACCCGCGACUUGGAUCUGAGUGCAUUUUGUGCCUUAUUUUGUGCGUCAAAUCUGCGCAUAGAAACUCUUGGCUUACUGUAUACUAUGGCCGCCCGCGCGUCUUUGUAUGCUAUGGGCCACGGCCAUGAUGAAGACUGUGACGACGCAUUCAUCCGCGAGAUGGGCUGGUAUGGCAACUUGAGCCUGCGACUGGCUCGUGAGCUUGCACCACAAACUACUGACCUGAUGACAUGGCUUGCGCACGAGAAUUUGCAGCUCACCACAAUCUUUGAAGGCGAUGCGAGUUUAGGCGUUUGGCGACGCGUAGGCGAUCUUGCCACAGAUCUACUAGCCCUGGGCCUGAAUCGAGAAGCAACGUACUCAGCAACGCCCUUCUUCUUGGCAGAGUGUCGACGGAGAACCUUUGUUAGGGCGUAUUAUCUUGACAAAGUGUUCGCAUCGGUGUUCAAUCGGCCGCCACGGAUAACAGCUCGACAUGCAGACUGCAGCCUCCCGUUAGACCUCUCUGACGAGGUGCUUUUCACUUCGCAAGAGGAAAUUGAUCAGGCAAAACAAAAGCUUACGCAAGACGGCUGGAAUACAGAUGGGAUGCACAGAAUCGCAACAUGGGCUCGAAUCCGUUAUAUCCUGGCGGAGUUUCGUGAGGAAACCGUUGAAUACCAGUUUCGGCCCCUACAUGUCAGCGAUUUCAUGAAGCUGAGAGAACUAUCUGAUCGCUGCACUCAAGCAUGGAACCGUUUGCCCCCGUACCUCCAGUACAAGCAGGACUGCUGGACAUCGAAUCUUCCGCCAGAGCUUUGCCACAUGCAUGCAAAGAUCUAUCUCUCAUAUCUUCACAUUCACUUUCAGGUCUACCGCCUGGUCGGAAAUGCAGAAGGCCUCACAAGUCCUCAGCCAGAGUUGCUGGAGGUCUCAGCUAACAUGCUCGAAACGGUCGUCCAGAUGACGAACUGUCGCAGGCGAACCUCUUUCUCUCCUCGCGACUUACCUGGAAUCGUUCUCUCUUAUGGUUUGCCAUGUGCUGCAAUUCUUUCAACUGCUUUGGAGACUGCGUUCCAAGAUACAUCGACAGGAACAAAACUUCCUCCCAGUGUCAAGACCUCUGUCCUCAUUCGAAAUCUCUCUGUCCUUGUAUCCCAACUAGAAAGCGUCUCCAGUCCCAACGAAACCAACCAUGUGUUUUGCCUCAAAGCAUCCCAGGCUAUUUCGCGCAAGCUCGACCACAUCUUAGACAGUUUUGCAACAGCCGAUCCUACACAGCCGCCUGGUCUACUACCGGAACCGAUUUCAACUCCUAAUGUAGACAAUAUUCCGGUCGCAUUAGCGAAUCUUGAUACGACCGGCUUUGUUGAUAUUGGAAACUUCAAUUUCACAGAUUGGGCUAUCAAUUUUGACAUCGGCAUGAGUGAUGAGUUGAGGAUGUUCUAA